AUGAAGAAUAAUAGUUUUGAUGAAGUUAAAAUUCAAUUUGAAAAGUUUCUAUCUCUAAUACGAAAUGUUUUAACAUCGGAAAAUGAAAUAAAUAUUAUUCAAAAUAAACUUCGACGUCAUUUUAAUACAACAACAUCUGAUUAUUUAUGUUCAAAUGAAUUUAUAUUAUCACUUAAUCAUAUUCAUAAUAUAUUUGUUGAAAAUAAAAAAUCAGUAAAAUAUUUUACAUUAUUAGCUUCAUUUGAUGAACAACUUAAAAAACAUUCUAUUAAAUUAUCAAGAUCAAAUUCAUUGUCAACUCAAAUUUCUGAAUGUUUACCUUCUAUGAUAACUACUAUUGAAACUAACUCAGUAAAUGAGAUAGUUACCACAACAGUUCCUUCUAAUAUUUCAAAAUCUACAAUUGAAUAUGAAACAUCAAUAACAGAUGUACAAGAAGUAAUAAAUCAUCUUGUAAAUGAAUGUUGUAAUACAUUAUCAGAAUCUACUUCAUCAAAAAAGAAUUCUGUUAAUAAUAUAAUAUCAACAUCUACUCAUUCAAAUCAUGAUUCAAAACAUCAACGAAAAAUAAUUAAAUUAGAACGACGUUUACAACGUUUAUCAAGAAUAAUACGUGAAUUAGAAGAAAAAGAUAUGUCACUUGAUGAAAUGGCACAUUGUGAUUUAUAUGUUGUUGAAUCAAAUUUAAAAAAACAAGCAUGUGAAAUUCAUAAUAAACUUGCUAAACUUAAAAGUCAACCAUUAUCAAUUGAAAGAAUUAUUCAUCGUCCAAUUGUUCUCAAUGAAUCUGACAUUGGUCAUUCAUUAAUACAGAAAGAUCUACAAGAAAUGGUUAAUCAAUCAAAACAUUUUCCUUCAUUUAGUGAUGUUCUUGAUACAGUUGAAAAGGCAAUUAAUAAAUAUAAACUUAAUUUUAAUGAAGAAACUCGAAAAAAUUUUGCUGAAAAAUCUUUUAAAAUCAUUGGUAAAGAAAUUAAAAAUCGACGAAUGGCUGAUUUUCAAGAUAUUAUGUAUAGUCGUCUUCCAGAAGAUUUUAAUAUUGAAAGAGAUGAUCCAGCAUUGAAGAAUGCUGAAAUUGAAAAAGUUUUAACAGAAAAUAAUCGUGAAGCUAUUAUUAAAACAGAAAAAAUUUUUGAAGAAUUUUCUAAAAUUGAACCUGAUCCGGAAGCUGAAAUCAAUAUUGAAUCAACUGAAGCAGAAGAAUCAAUAAAUGAAAAUAAUGAUAAAGAUGAAUCAGCAAAUGAAAAUAAUGAACAAAAUCAAUCAUCAGUAGAAAAUAACGAACAAGAAGAAACUCAAACAAUCGUAGAACCACAUGAAAUACAAUAUGAUAUUGUUGAUCUAGGCGUACCAUCAUCACCAGAACCAAUAAAUCAAAAUCUAUCAGAAUCAAAUUCUAUUGAAACAACACUUGAAAUAUCACUUAAUGAUCGUGCAUUAACAAUAUUAUCAACAGCUUCAUUACCUAUUAAAAGAACAAUACAUAAUCGAGAAUCAGAAAUUUAUAAUAAUAUUCAAUCAUCAUCGGCCACUGAAAAAGAUAGUAAUGUCGAAACAUUAAUACCACGACGUAAACCAAAUUUAGCUGAUAAUGAAAUUAUAUAUAGCCUUUACAAACAACGAUUGACAAAUAAUGUUUCAACUACAUCAACACAAAUGACUAAGAAAAGACAAUCAACAAUAAAUACCGAAUAUACAAAUGUAAAAAAAGGAAAGCAACAACAACCACAAUCAGAAAUUAUUGUACUUGAUUAA